AUGGAGCGAUCCGAGGCCUACUACUUCUCGGCCGCCCUCAGCUGCGCCUUCCUCGUCUCCUGCCUGCUUUUCUCGGCGCUCAACCGGCAGCAACGCGCGCCGUACAUGGACGAGGCCUUCCACAUCCCUCAGGCGCAGGCCUAUUGCGAGGGCCGCUUCGAGCAGUGGGACCCUAUGAUCACUACACUGCCUGGUUUAUACUUGGUAUCAGUUGGAAUCGUGAAACCUGCAGCAUGGCUCUUUGGGUGGUCGGGAAACAUAGUCUGCUCUACAGGAAUGCUCAGAUUCAUUAAUCUUCUCUUCAGUGUCGGGAACUUCUAUUUACUAUAUUUGCUUUUUUGCAGAAUGCACCAUAAAAAGGCUGCCUCUGGGUUCCAGAGAAUCCUCUCAACCUUGACGCUAGCAGUAUUUCCAGUUCUUUAUUUUUUCACAUUCCUUUAUUAUACUGAUACAGGCUCCACAUUUUUUACUCUCUUUGCAUAUUUAAUGUGCCUUUAUGGCAAUCAUAAAACUUCAGCUCUGCUUGGAUUUUGUGGCUUCAUGUUUCGUCAGACAAACAUUGUAUGGACAGUGUUUUGUGGUGGAAGUGUUGUUGCCCAAAAACUAAGUGAAGCCUGGAAAGCAGAAUUGUUGAAGAACAAAGAACAGAAGAGCUUGCCCGCAAAAGGAUCCUUCUCAGAACUAAUCCAAGUCUUCAGAUUUCUCAUUGAAUACCUCAUGUCACUUAAAAACGUAACUACUCUUAUUCUUUUGACUUUGCCGUACAUCGGCAUGGUGAUGGUGUUCUUUGUUUUUAUGGUCCUGAAUGGUGGCAUAGUUGUUGGUGACAGGAGCAGCCAUGAAGCUUGUCUUCAUUUCCCUCAGCUCUUCUAUUUCUUCUCCUUUACUCUGUUUUUUUCCUUUCCUCAUCUAGUGACCCCUAGCAAAAUUAUCAAUUUUCUUCAUUCAGUGAGGAAGCACUUGUUCCAAUAUAGCAUCCUCACCAUCAUCUCUUUAUUCCUUGUCUGGAAGUUUACAUUUGUUCAUAAGUAUUUGCUUGCAGAUAACAGACAUUACACAUUUUAUGUGUGGAGAAAAAUCUUUCAAAGACAUGAGCUUGUGAAGUACAUAUUGGUUCCAGUCUAUAUAUUUGCUGGCUGGAGUUUUACGGAUGCACUGAAAUCAAAGUCUGUUUUCUGUAACUUAGUAUAUUUUGUAUGUUUGUUUGUGAUCACAGUUCCCCAAAAGCUACUAGAAUUUCGUUACUUCAUUUUGCCAUAUAUUAUGUAUAGGCUGAAUAUUCCUAUGCCAUCGCUCUCAAAACUUUUUCUUGAAUUGGCUUUUUAUCUUCUGGUGAAUGCAGUAACAUUUUAUUUCUUCUUAAACAAACCAUUUCACUGGCCAAACAAUGAGGAAAUCCAGAGGUUUAUGUGGUAGUUUUUGCACUUGGAAGAAGACCAAAUUCUAAGAUUUUCCAGUAGCAAAUCAGAAGCUGGAAGUUUAGAAACUACCAAGGAAAACAAAAUAUGCUGGAUGUUUUUUAUAACUGGGAGUGAAUGUGAAUUCUAAUGCACUGUUUUUGCAGAUAAUGGACCAAUUAUAUAAGCUUAGCAUCCUGGUGGUGCUAUAUAGAUACAUAAUAUGUUAUCAGGGAAAUAAUCACCACAUAUCCAAACUAAAGUGAAUGAACUACUCUUGUUUACAUCAUACUGAUUAUGUUACCAAAGUCAUAAAUCUGGGGUAUCUAUGUGCAUUUGCUGAACUGUAUGUGUCAGGAAAUUGAAAGAGGUACAGCUAUGGCCCAAUGAUUUGAUGUUUUAUAUGGUUUAGUCACGAUAAAGAAGCUUUUAUGUUGUUUUUGCUUAAUGAAAACUUCUUGUGAAGUGUCUUAUGCUACAAAAAUCCAGGUCACAUACAGGGCUGGUUCUCACUAUAAGAACAAUGUUGGUUAGACAGUAAUCUGAAUAUUAUUGUGGCACACACAUUCCUGAUUUCUGGUCAUGAUAACCUGGAAAUUUUUGGCUAUGUCAGGUUGACAAUGUGCCAAUUUGGCAUAUCACUGACAUCAUGAAUUGAGAAUUUGAACUCCAGUUGUUGAUGUCAGUUGAAUGCCGUGUUGUCAACCUGACAUCACUGAAAAUGUCCGGGUUUUCACGACCAGAAAUGGAGAGUGCAUGCACUGUGGUAAUCAAGGGUGACUCCAGAGGGGUGGCAAGUGGGCAGGUUCUCCCACCUGCACUCCCAUUUCUGUUUCAGAAAUCUAAUGUGUGGGACACAGCUCACCCAUUCAUAAAUGCACUUUGCCCCUUCUGUGCCGCCUCUCAAUUUUUCUUCUAGUAACUGGCAGUUAUGUGGUAAUGUUUAACCAGCAUUGUUCUGAUUGUUAGAAAUAACCCACAGACUUAUUAGACUAAAAACCAUUGAAGCUAAUGGGACAAGUUACAGUAAUCAGGAAUAACAAGUCCCAUUGGAAUUUCGUCAUGACUAAAUUAGCCAGUAUGUGACCCAUCUGAGAUUUUACCACUUCUAUGAAAGCUAAAGUCUCAGAUAUUGCAAUAUAAGGAUGCAUUCACAAGAGAUGUUCCUUAGAGGGAAAAUGACAGAAGAAAGUCACAUGAUUAUGACUUUACAGAAACCAAAAUGUACUUGAAAAUUGGACCACAGGAAUAAAAUAGCAGGAAUGGGCAAACUGAGCUGAAGAAUCAUAGUUGAUUCAUAUAAAGGCAUAUGCAAUUAACCUAAUUAAGCAUAUGCAUGUCACUUAAAGAACAUAAUGGGUGGUACACUAUAGCUUGUAAAAUAUUAGGUUCACAUCUGACAGCCAGACUAAUGGAUAUGAGGCUAAUGAACAUAUUAGGCCGACAUCCAGACUAAUGAAACCCCCGUUCAACUCACUUGGCUUCACUGCUCAUGCAGUCAUGGAGGGGGGGAUAUUGACAACCUGCCCUUCCACCAGAAGUGUCCUGUGCCACCCAAAAAUAUGUACCUGAGGGCUUUGCAGCUCACAGGGACAUAUUUUCAGGUAGCACAGAGUGCUUCUGGGAGAAUAAGAGGUCAUAGAUAUUUGCCUCUCCUCUGCACAAACACCUGUGCAGUGUUAGUCUGGAACUGUUCAGAAGCACUGGUGCUUCAUUAGUCUGAAUGUCGGCCACUGAGUGAAAUGUUGUGUGUAUGUAGUCCCACUGAAAAUUGGACCACUAAGCUUAAAGGCUUAGUUAAGUAUUUCUAAAACUAAACAUACUUACUAGGAAUUAGGUUCCACUGAGUUCAGUCAGGAUUAUGUGUUUAGAUCAGAGUUUUUAUGGCUGCCUAACUUUUAUAGGGUGUCUUUGCAUUCAUUCUACAACAUGUUGGACACUGGUGUUGGGUAAGAGUGAACAAUUUCAGGCAGCCAUUCUUGACAUAUAGACUUUGCGGUUAUGAAAGAACCAGAAUCUUCUGGUUCUGUGGUUGGUUUUGUUAUCAGUUUCAUCUUAACCAUGGCAGAUAGAAACUUGUGGCUUUGAUUUUAAACAAAACCUGGACAUAAUUCUAACAAGAGAAGCUUCCCGGCUGUACUGGUCACUAAAAAUGGUAUUAGCCACUUGCAUCCACUGGCCACAAUCCACAGCGCUAAGUGUGUUUAAGCCUUCUGAAGUAAGUGGUAGUAAAUGCGCUUAACUCUGUGUUGGACUGUGGCUGUUUUGUAAAGAUUCAGAGCAGUCACAUAACAAAUGUCUGUACAAUCAAUGUAGUCACAUGACAUUCAUACACCUUCAUUCUGGAGGAAAAAUCUUAGAAGUAUAAGAAAGCUACAUUGAAUAACACAACCUGUUAAAGGAUCAGGUUUGCUGCACCAAACUAAAUAAUAUUAGUACACAUUUUAUGUCAAAUCAGUUUUUUUGAUAUCAUAGGUGUUUAACAUUGACAUGUGAUAAGACCUCUCCUAAGUAGAAUGAGUGCAUUCCUCAAUUCUAAUGUGUAAUCUUUUCAAAGUUUUCAAUGACUCUAUGAGGUUAUUUCACACACUGUUCAUACAAUAAAAAUCUAGCAUAAGUUUUCUUUGGUACAGAAGGAAGGAACACAAUAAACCUAAAUCUGUUUUUUAAACCCCUGCAUUCAUUGCUUUUGGGAAAUCUGUGACUUCAGGAAAUAUUCAUAUAUUGCUUCAAAAGCGAGUUCCUUUUGAAGCAAUACACAAAUUCACUCAAGGCUGAUUAUCUUAGAUUCAAGAAACAGGAUGAGAUUAUGGAGACUUGAACUGGAAUGCAUUUCUAAUAUUUCCAUGGCUUUUGUAAUCUGGUCUAAACUUUUCGUUCUAUGAUUUUGAAAUGUCCAGGUUUAAAGGACAGAGCAUCAAUGGUCUAUCUUUUUUUAAAAAAAAAUCAAAGAGUACUUAGUUUGGGUGGAUGAAUUAACUGUGAAAAUUAAAGUUAUAUCUACUGAACACAAUGUCUGUCUUAAAAUUACUAGUGAAGUAAACUUUUUAACAUCACUCUUUUGGGGUGAUUGUAGUGUUGCCUCUUGAUAUAAACUUUUAUUUAUCUGCUUGGAAGUUUGAUCUCUCUGACCCCACCCCACCCCCACUGAUGAAGAUCAUAGUUUUAUCUGAAUGGAUAGAUUAUAUUAUUUAUUUGUUGCACUCCAGUAUGUAACUACAUCAAAUCUGGAUUUUCCGAAGUUGUGAAACAGAUUAUCAUUAGAUGGUGAUGUGCUUUGGACUAGGAUUUGACUCAGCACCCUCCCCCUUGACUCCAGUCUGUUACCCAUGCCAUCUAUAUGCACUGCACAACACUGCCUCUGCUAAGUUGAUGGAAUGGCUGCCUGAGUCACUUGGAAGCACUUCUUCCAACCAUCCAGAGACUUGUGUUUUGGGCGGUAUACAAAUAUGUUAAAUAAAAUUAAAUAAAUCUAGCUAGAAAGCAAA